CAAACUUCAAUCUAUCCAUUUCCACGUGUUAUUCUCUCUAAUACUUCCAUGGCCCCAUAAUCCAAACCCUCAUGGCCUGCCCCCAUCACCACCACCACCACACCACCGCCACCACCGCCUGCUGCUCCACCUGCUCCUGCCCCCAGUGCUUCCACCCACCACCGCCGCCGCUGUAUACCCUACAAUCUGAGCCUCUCCUACAAGCCCUUGUUUCGCUCCUCCAACCGCAACAAAAUCACCAUCUAAAUCAAACCCAUGUUCAUAAACCCUCCCAAGAUCAAAACUUUGCCACUAAAAACCAUCACAAACAAGACCCCAACUUUCUCGUUUAUUCACUCGUGAGCCGCAUCGACGCUCUCGAAUCCUCGCUCCACAGCUUUUCAACAGCCUCGAAACGCUCUUCUCGCCCUUCGUUUACGCUUAGAGACACAGCCGCUCGUGUAAUCCAAGCCCAUUUCAGAGCUUUCCUGGUUCAUAGAUCGAGGACACUUAGGCAGCUCAAAGAUCUCGCCUUUAUCAAAUCAAGUCUCAAUUCACUCAAACUCUCAGUUUCCAAAGAAUCCCAUCUGGAUCCUCGGGUCAUUUCUCAAAAAGCCAUGGAUUUGCUUCUCGAACUUGACUCUUUCCAGGGUGGUGAUCCGAUGAUUAGAGAUGGUAAAAGGUCAGUUAGUAGAUAUUUGAUUCAGUUUUUGGAAUAUAUUGAUGGGUUGGCUUUGAAAAGGCAUAAGCUCAUGUAUAAGAAUGGAAACAAUUUGAGGGUUUUGAGGUCCAACAAUGAAGAAGGAGAUGAUGUUGUUAAUGGAGGAGAGUAUCGAAAUGAAAAUGGUGGGGUUUUGGUUAAAAAGCAAGGGAUUCGACUGAAAGCGAACAAAACCGUGAGGUUUGCUGAGGAUGGGAAUGUGUAUAGGAUCAUCUGCAAUGAGAAUGCUGUUAGUUCGAGUGGAGACGGUAGCUUAACCGACGAGUGUGUUUCGAGUGACGAACAUGGAGAUGUAAUGGAGAAUCUUGUUGGUGAAAGUGAAGAUUUAGUUGCGAACUUGGAGGCGAUUAACUUGAAUGAUGAUGAGUCUUUGCAGAGCAGUGACCAAGAGAAGAAUUCGAGAAAGAACUCGAGCAAACAAGCUAAGACCGAGACUGGUGGGAACUAUCGGAUUCGAGGUGGAGAUUUUGUGUUUUCCGCGCCAUUGCCUUUGAAGAUGGAAGCUAAAGCUGUUCCGGUGAAGAAGAAAGAUGGUGCACUCAAAAUUGUUUCAUAGAUGUGAACCUAAUUUGAUUCCAUUAGGUCUUCAUUGGUUCUUCUUCCAUGCUUGUGACCAUAAUAGUAGCGAGAGUGCUCCCAUGGACAUGUUGCGAGUUCCGACAAUACCCGGUAAUGUAUCAAUUUCUCACAUUGAGAGGGCCUGGUUUGAUGACUUGUUUUGUAACCUGCACUUGAUUGAUUGUUUAAUGUCAGCUGAACUGAAUUGUUGUCCUUUGCCUUGCUUGUUGUCUUCACUACAAUUUAUUUUCAUGUCAAU